CGUUCAGGUCUCGCGGCGACUGGAUCCGGUCCUGUGCUUUCGGAGCCUGGCGGGCGGCGGGCAUGGCUGGAACCCCUGCACCGGGCAGCAGGAGGCGGAGUGGGCCCCUGGCGCCUAGUUUUGGCCCGCCGCCCAUCACCCGGCAGCCUCCCAACAAGCGGGCCCGGGGCUUCCCCGUGGCCGCAGCUCCGGACCCCGAAGACCCGUUCGGCCCUCAUGAGGAUUUCACCGCGGACGACCUGGAGGAGCUCGACAUCUUGGCGUCACAGGCCAUGAGCCAAUGCCCGUCCGCGGAUCGGGACGUGUCCGGUGUUCAGAAUGUCCCCAGGUUAGAUGGAAUGCCCAAAAAUCCUGCAGGGAAAAACAGAGAAAGUGUUCCAGUUAAAGAUAAUUUUGAAUUAGAGUUACUUCAGGCCCAGUACAAAGAACUUAAAGAAAAGAUGAAGGCAAUGGAAGAAGAAGUCCUCAUUAAAAAUGGAGAAAUUAAAAUUUUGCGGGACUCGCUGCAUCAAACAGAAUCCAUUUUAGAGGAACAGAGAAGAUCACAUUAUUUUCUCGAACAAGAGAAAGCUCAAGCGCUCAGUGAGAAAGAAAAGGAAUUCUCCAAAAAGCUCCAGUCAUUGCAGUCUGAACUCCAGUUUAAAGAUGCGGAGAUGAACGAGCUAAGGACGAAGCUUCAAAGCAGUGAACGGGCAAACAAACUGGCCACUCCCCCCGUUUCCCACAGCAGUCCUAGGAAAAGCCCUUCUGUGGUUCUAAAGCAAGAAGCAUGUUCUCCACAAUUUGGAAAACCAUCUUUCCCUACAAAGGAGUCUUUUAAUGCUAACAUGUCCCUUCCCCACCCCUGCCAGCCAGAGCCGGGAUACAAGCCGCUGGCGGGCAGAGAAGAAAACAAGACCCACAGUCUGGGAGGUAACCCCAUAAAGCAAGAAGGGUCCCCAGAAUGCCUCGUCGACAGCCUGACGCAGACGUCAAACGCUCGAGGUUCCAUUUUGAUAAACCUUCUCCUGAAGCAGCCUUUGAACCCAGGAUCACCCCUUGGGCUGUGUCACCUCCUGAGCAGUUCUGAGCCGCCUACCGUCCCCCUGUCGCAGCCGCUGGGGUUUGGCAGUGCCUUGACUGGGAUUUCAAGCCUCAGGCCCACAGCUCCCCGCGAUGGGUCGUUUCCCCUCUCGGCCCUUAGAGAAGCGCAGAGCCUGGCGCUCACUGGCCUGACCAUGAUUGCCAGGGACGAAGGCUCGUGUGACAGCGACCCCGCCGAGGGGGACAGCAGGGCCUUCCCGCUCGGCCAGUUUCCCGGGGCCGUGCACCUGCUGCCGCUGGUGCAGUUCUUCAUCGGCUGCCACUGCCAGGCGCUGCAGGAGCUGUCAGUCGCCAAGAGGAGCGGACCCCCUGGGGACUCGCCGGCACAGUCCUGCGUGGGCUCCAGGGGAGAGGCCAGCGCCGAGGACUCGCUCUGCCACCUGGGGGACUUCUGUGUGGCCGCCCUGAGCGUCCUCCAGCACCUGGUGUGCCACAGCAGCGCCGUCAGCCACCUGUUACUGUCGGGAGCGGGGCCCCCUCCUGCCGCCAGCGGUGGGGCCUCAGCCCCAGGAGCGCCUGCCGACGACCAUCCGCUGAUGAAGAUGCUCCUUCGCCUGUUAACUUUGUCUUCCGCAGCACCAGGUCACCUUCAAGCCAGUGUCCUCAGCCAGUGCCUUAAGGUUUUGGUGAAAUCCGCUGAAAACUCUCCCAUUGACUUCUUGCCCAGGUUCCAGUGUGUGUUCCUCGUGCUGCCGCAGUGCCUCAGCCCAGAGACGCCGCUACCCAGCGUGCUGCUCGCUGUCGAGCUCCUGGCCCUCCUGGUGGACCACGAGGAGCUUGUGCCUCAGCUCUGCUCCCGCUCCGAGGGGUGCCUGCUCCUGCUGCUGUACAUGUAUAUCGCCUCAAGGCCUGACAGAGUGGCCUCGGACAGACAGUGGCUCCAACUGGAACAGGAGGCCGUGUGGCUCCUGGCUAAGCUUGGUGUACAGAGCCCCUCGUCCCCAGUUACUGGCUCCAACUGCCAGUGCAACGUGGAGGUGGUCAGGGUGCUCACUGUGAUGCUGCACAGGCAGUGGCUGACGGUGCGGAGGGCGGGGCGGGCCUCCUGGACCGAGCAGCAGAAGCGGACGGUGCGCUGCCUGAGGGACGCGGUGCUGCUGUUGCAUGGCCUGUCCCAGAAGGACAAGCUCUUCACGGUGCACUGCGUGGAGGUCCUGCAUCAGUAUGACCAGGUGAUGCCAGGGGUCAGCACGCUGAUUCGAGGGCUUCCUGAUGUGACGGACUGUGAAGAGGCGGCCCUGGAUGACCUCUGUGCUGCGGAGACCGAGGCAGAUGACCCCGAGAUGGACUGCAGCUGAGGUCUGAGCAUCGAGCCACAUGGUGGCAGCAGCACCUCUGCUUUCGCCUUAGGGACCGAUUAAAAGCUGUGACCAGCUGUUUGAGAAC